GCAGAGAAAGCACGGCGCUGUUGGCAGCGAUUUGUCGAAUUUUUUCUCAGUUCGCCACAUGUACUAAUCAGCUUCUAUGCUGUUUCCACUUGUAGCAUAAAAAUCUAACAUAGUUUUAUGAUACCUUAGAAUAUUAUUUAUAUCAUAACAGAAUGAAGUGCCACAUAUUUUUCGCAGUCACCCUGGCUUUGUUGGCCAGCACUUUAGGAAAUGAUGAGCCAGAACCAGAAGGUGCUAAAUUGCUCAUUGCUAAGCACAUUAACAAUAAAUACCUCGUUGAAAAUAUGGAUGUUGUCGUUAAGUACACUGUCUACAAUGUCGGCAAUGAGGCAGCGUUGGAGGUCGCAAUCACCGACAACUCAUUCCCCGCUGACAGUUUCGUGCACGUGAGUGGAGAAUUGAAUGCCAAAAUCGACAGGGUACCACCUCAGUCCAAUGUGAGUCACACCGUCAUCGUCAAGCCAAGGAAGUACGGAUACUUCAACUUCACCUCCGCCGAAGUUGUCUACCGUCAUCGCGAAGACGCUCCCAAUUUACAAUUUGCAGUCAGCAGCGAACCUGGCUUAGCCUAUUUCAUCUCUUUCCGGGAAUUCGACAAGAAAUUCUCCUCCCACGUGAUUGACUGGGCAGCUUUCGCUGUAAUGACUCUUCCCUGUUUGGCGAUUCCUUUCGGUCUCUGGUUCUCCAGCAAAAGAAAAUACGAGAAAUUGUCGAAAAGCUUGAGAAAGCAUUGAACAAUCUCCACUCACUUUUUAAGCAAAUACUUAAGAACACUUCCUUGAUCUUGAUCUACUCAAAGAUCGCAAUAAAAAAAAAUAUUUUCUAGUAUGAUUGAAGCGUGAGAUGAGCGACUGUUUCAUUAUACAUAUGUUGCAUUUUUUUAAAAUAAAGACUUAUUUAUGGAAAAA